CCUAGGGUUGCACACUUCCCCAUGCAACCCUUAAAUUCCUAAAUCCACCAAUCACCUCCUACCUUUCAUAAAUCCCAAAAAAACAAACAGUUGGUGCAUCUCUGCUCUGCUCUCUCUCUCUCUCUCUCACCCAAUCACCUUCUUCUCCUUCUUCUCCUUCCUCUCCCUCUUAACCCCACCACCCAAAAACUCAAAAGAAAGUCCUCAAUUGAGUCCCCAAAACUUUGCUUGCUUCCUUCUUUUUAGUCUAAUGAGAAAAAAGUAGAGGAAACUAGCCACAAGCAAACAAAACAUGGAGCAAAGCAGCAAAUAAGAAGCAACACCAACCCCUUUUUCCUCUGCUCCUCAAACCCUUGUUUUUUCACUCCUCUCUCUUUUAUCUCUGAUCUGUUUGUUCCGGCAGGUCUGGUUUUCUCUGCUUCUGCUGGUGAAAAAGACCCACCCUUUUAAAUGGAGUACACAUCAAGGCCUCAGGAACAAACCCGAGAUCAUCAUCAUCAUCAUCAUCAGAAGCCGCCUGCUUCAUAUUCUCCUCUAAACUCCCCCACCAGCAAUGGCAGCAGCAACAACAACAACAACUCCGGAGUUCCAACUCCAACAACUCCAAAGCUGACUCCCAGAUCUGACUCCAACCCUUACGCCACUACCUUCGUCCAGGCCGACUCCUCCAACUUCAAGCACGUAGUCCAAAUGCUCACCGGCUCAUCGGAGACCACAACGAAGCAAACUAACAAGCACACACAGGAGUCAUCGUCGUCCCCACUGUCGUCCAAGAACUUCACCAUCCCUCCGGUGAAGACCGCGCCGAAGAAGCAGCAGGGCUUCAAGCUCUACGAGAGGAGGAGCCAGAACCUCAAGAACAGCCUGAUGAUCAAUACCCUGAUGCCCAAUUUUGCCCACCACCGGAGCCAAGCCUCUUCUGGGUUCUCGCCGCGUCACCCGGCCGAGAUCUUGUCGCCGAGUCUGCUCGACUUUCCGUCGCUGACGCUGAGCCCGGUAACCCCAUUGAACGACGACCAUUUUGACAAGUCGGCGUCGUCGCCGUUGGGGAACUCGUCGUCGGAGGAGGAUCGGGCUAUAGCCGAGAAGGGUUUUUACUUGCACCCGUCUCCGAGAACGAGCACCAGUACUCCCAGAGAGCCAGAGCCCCGGCUUUUGCCAUUGUUUCCUGUCACUUCGCCGAGAGUUUCAGGGUCGUCUUCUUGAUCCAAUCCAAGGAAAAAGAGAGAGAGAGAGGGAGAGAGAAGUGUAAACUAUGAGUGUUUGGGGUCAAUCAUAAGGAAAAGGGUAAUGGGUUAUGGAUGGUUUUCAAUCACAGGUACUGAUCUUUUGUUUAAUUGUACAAUUUGAUAUCUUCUUCCACAAAAAUGGUGAAAAAGAGCAGGCCUUUGUUGUUCUUCUUAUUCCCUUUUUCCUUUUUCUUCUCUAUAUUGCUCCCAAAGGAAAUUAGAAAAUCAAUUUUCCAGUUUCA